CAUCACCUCGUUGGGGAACUUGUUCCUCUACAAAUCCCAAUCCAGAUUGGAGCUGAGCUUUUCCCUGGUCAACCGAAGGGAAUCCACCCACAGGAUCAACAGUAGGUGGUUGGUGGGAAAAUAUAUAAAGCUCCCUGGGAGCAGCCCUCCUUUACUGUCCCAACUGCACGGAUCUGCUUUCAGUAUGAAGACACUUCUGCUUGGACUUCUUCUUGGCCUGGCAUACAUGGAAUUGGGCCAGUCCUUACGAUGUUACACGUGCAGAGAACCAACAGACAUUGCUCUGUGCAGGACAAUCACCAUGUGUCCCCCGAAAGCCAACGUGUGCACAACAACACUGCAUUCCGUAGACUCAGGUUACCCCUUUUUUGGCAACAUCACUGUGACCAGAAGCUGUGAGGAGGAAUGCCACUUGUCUGGUGGGAUAGGGGCGAACAAACCCAAGACAUGCUGCUUCACUGACCUCUGCACUGAUGACGGCAGGAGCAGAAAUGGGGUGGGAAGCAACUCUGCAGCUCUGGGUCUGAUGGCCAUGGUUGUCGGCACACUCUUCCGGUGUGCUCUGUAGUGGCAAAAGAGCCUGUGCUCCAGCCUAAAUACCCUUACUCCUCUCUCUGCCAAGCUCCCUUGUGAACUCUUAGAUGCCUUGAGAAUAACCUUCUUCACUGAUGUGUGUUUUUACCCAUCUUCGAUGUUGUGAAUUCAAGUGGAUUUAAGCCAAGAGUUUGGACUUCUGGACCUAAAACCCUCAAAUUUUCAGUUUCAAGAUGCUAAGUAGAUGUUCCCCACCUUCACCUGCUGCUGGUCUUCAGGACCCACAUCUCCUCCUACAGGUUUCCUCUGUGGGGAGCAGUAGCGGAUGAAGCACUGCAGCACUGUGCAUCAGAAAGAACUGGGCUGUGCCAUCAAAGCUGGUGCCAUAAGGAGUAGAUGCUGUACCACUGGAUGUGGACAGUGCUUUAUUUUCCAGGUGUCCUCAAACUCCCAUGUAACCUGUGUCUAUGUGCCUCUAUCAAGUCCCUGUUCACAACCCCUAGAAAUCCUGCAACCCUCCACCAGAAACUUGGCUCAUUUUCUUUCUGCUUUUGGUGCCACCUCCUGAGUCAGAGUUGCAGAUCGAUGUCGGUGACCACUCACUACCUGCUCAGGGAUGUGUGAGUUGGACUUGCAGAGAGCUAGCACUUAAUUCUGUCUAGAAUAAGCUAUAGAAUGAGUUCAGAAGGGCUCAGCCUUCAUAUGUUGAGAUAUGAUGUAUUUCUUGGAAGCUCAAAACAUGCACUGGACCAACAGGCCAGGGCAAGUUAGACCUAAAAAAGCAAAUUUUGGAGUUUGGCUAGUCAAAACCCUCAGUAUCUCUUUGUGUGAGCUCAAGUUACAAUUAGAACACCUGGAUUUCCAUUCACCAGAUAUUUUCAAGCAACUUCUUCUGUCACUCUGCCUUCCUACAUCCUUUCACAAUAGGAACUGCAGGAAAGGAAAAGUAGUGAUUAUCCCAGACACUCAGCUCAGGGAAAAGCGAAGGGUUUCACUCACACCAGUUAACAGUGCUACUGAGUUCCAGCUAGGGAUUUGCUGCGUUCUCCCUUGGAACAGCUGUAAGAUUGAUUUUGAUGCCCUUUCUGCUGUAAAACCAGACGAAGUGAAAGCAGAUAAAAAUGAGCCAGGUGUGCCUGGCUUGCCUCCCUCUCCGGUGAGGAGAGCCAGGCAACUUGCUAUUUGCUCUGUUCUGAUCUCAAAGGGUCAUCCAAGAGACAAUCUACAAAAGCAAGUGCAGAAUAGAGCAUAGGUACAUUCUGUGCACCAUCUUUGUGCAUUUAUGCCAUCCCUACAAUGUCCUCUGUAGCAAAGUCUAUUUUUACCCUGUUUCCAUAAGACACCAGCUGGAAAACUAAAGUAAUAAAGGGGGGGGGGGGGGCGGUCUUUUCCUUCACUAUACAGAGCUAAUUGUUUCUCAAGGUCUGUCUCAGCACCAUUUGCAAGAAAGCAUUGACAAGGCAUUGCAUUUCUUGGCAGAGGGUGCCAUGCAAGCCUGGGGCUCAGGAGGUUGAUGAGACACUUUUUCUGGAAGUGAAAUGCUCUGGACUUCACUAAAACAAUCACAGCUUCCCCAAAACACCCUUUCAAAGCUGAGGCCUACAGGGGGGAAAAAUGCCAUUGAGAGGAUAAUGAUUGGGACCUACUCCAAUAUUGAUUUUAUACCCACCCUUGCAGACACAGAGCAUCAACUUCUGCUUCCUAUUCAUCUGUUUCCCUGCUCCAGAACCACUCUGAUGUGUCAAGCCAGAAGCAAACCACCAUCAUUACCAUCCUUAGGUCACAUUGCCUUUUCCAUUCUGGGUCGAGGUAUGGAAUAAUUCUCUGCCCCCAGUGGCCUUUCUACACUGGUUGCAGAGUCUUGUGCUGUGCUAAUGUGAGCUGAACUUUCCUCCAUCUAUUAUACAUGCAGAUGGAGCAGAAUCAGGAUACAGAGGGACUGAGAGGGUGAGGGUUCUCUUCCGAGUGCGAAUCUAGCAAAUAAAGUUGGAUCCUCCCGUCUGCAGCCUGCAGCAU